AUGGAGAUUAUUCCAACCGUGCACGACCUGAGAGAGCUUGCUUCUGGUGACCAAUUUGAGCACGUUGUCUAUCUUGACUCCGAUACAAUUGAAUUUGUCAAUGAGGUUAAUGGGGUUAGUGUCGAAGCUCAACUUGAUGAGGUCUAUGCGUUGGAAGUGUACCGUGAAGAAAUUCGUCGUGCAGAGCAGCUCAUCUUGGACGAAGCAGUUGCUAUGAGUUUAUAUGCUAGGGAGGAAUCCAAGUUGCUGCAUCGUGAGCUAGAAACUGACAGUGAAGGUGACACCUUGAGCAUCUAUGAGGAGUCCAAACCACCGCCAAAGUGCACAUGCUGCUUGGCACCUCUCAAAGACAAGAGCACUUGUCGCACUUUAGUAUGCGGUCAUUUGUACUGCACGAAGUGUAUUGCAACGCGAUGUCGUAUGGGCAUUCUAGAUCGCUCUAUGGUACCUGCUCACUGUUGCAAGCGAGAAUUUCCAUCCGACUAUGUGCUUGAGGCAUUGGGCGCUGCAGAAUUUGAGAUCUACGAGCGCUAUCUGAAAGCCAAAUCUUGGCGUUCAUUGGAUCUUCAGUCAGAUCGCGAAUAUGCCAACGUAGUACGGCAGAAUCAUGCCGUGCAGUGUCCUGGUUGUGGAGUGGGGGUACUGAAAUCAACGGGAUGCAAUCACAUGAAAUGCUUGAAUGGCCAUGAAUUUUGUUUUGUGUGUGCUGGAAAAUGGAAAAGUUGUGCUUGCGUGACGUAA